GAUGUUAGGGAGAUUCAUUAAUUGGAUUUCGGGCCCCUGUCCGAUCUAAUAUGAGAACUGGUGGGGGAGUAACAAAUGUUGUUGUUACUUCGUCCUUGCUUGAAUUUGUAAGACUUCAAGACCACGUUUUCUGCUCAUCGACAAGCUUUUCAGACAGCUCAAAACGAAGAUGAAGAAGACAACAAAGUUAAAAGCAAAGCAGAUGGAAGAGGAGUCUUGACAUGGCCGAAGCGUUAUGCCAGCUGCAGCCAGUGGUAGACCGGCCGCCCGUCAACUUCCUCAAAGAGAAUAUGAAGAGGACAACAAAGUUAAAAUCAAAGCAGCCUUGCAAAAAAUGCACGAGAGACCUGAAUCUGUAAAAGUUGAUGUUAUGGACAUUAAUGGUGCAAGGUUUAGUAUCAGCUUGGGGCUUUCAGCACGGGUUUUCCAGCAUGAGUUCGACCAUUUGGAGGUGCUGAGAAACGAAACAGAGGAAUGACAG